AUGCCGCCUUGCCCAAGUGGAAGCCAGGAAGCUUCCGUCUUGUCCCCGGACACUGCUGGGAACUGCCUGGGUGACGCCUCUGCCAUCGCUGGUCCCCUGGCAGACCUUCUCCUCUUGAGCGAAGACCCCCUGGAGCCCUUCAAGUCUCUGGCUAGAGACCCAGGGACCGGAGAUCUCUACGAGAUGGACAACUCCCAGCUGGUGAAUGACAAAUCUUCUCUGGAGGCUUCCCCGGAUAUCUCGACCCUCGAUUGCUCUGAGAGCCCUUCCCUGAACAACUCCAGCUCCUUCAGCCUGCUGCCGGACGACAGCCAGGCCCCCUCCUCACUCUUCGUCAGCCCCGACUCACUGCCUGUCCUGGGGGAGACCAUCCUGCAAGACAGCAGCUUAGACCUGCAGGACGGGGGCAACCCAGGGGAGGAGGAAUCGGAGUCUCUGGAGCACAGCCCCCCGCUGGAGCCGGAGUCCCCAGCCGCCUGUCUGGAGGAGGAGGAGGAAGAAAUGGCUGAGGACAGCUGCCUGGAGGCUCCGGCUGCCCCGCUCAGUGCGUCAGCAAGGGGCGAAGUCCCACGCAGACGGAUCGCCAUGGCGUAGGAGGUUCACUUCCCCCUGCAGCAUGGGUGGAGGAGGGAAGUGCGAAUCAAGAAGGGCAGUCACUGCUGGCAGGGGGAGACGUGGUACUACAGGCCCUGCGGCCAAAAAUAUUUUUUUUUAUAA